AUGAACAAACCCAACGAUGUCUACGAACGUGCUCUAGCUGUUCUUCAGAAGUGGAAGAAGCGAAUGGGCCGAAAGGCGACUUAUGGCAGAUUAGCCGAGGCUUUGAAUGACCAACUUGUUCGACGACCUGAUUUGGUGAAGAGAUACUCUAGAUCUAAUGAGAUAGAGGAUCUGGAGGGUAAGAAUGUUUAUUUAUUUAUUUAUUUUUUUAGGCUAACCUCUGCCAAAUUCUCAGAUUUCCGGAUUCCAGAAUGCGGAAAAGUUUUGCUAAUUGUGAAAUUCGGAACCUUGGGCUUUGAAAUCCGGAAUACAGCUCAAGGAAUCUGGAAUCCCACUAACGUUUGGAAUCAAGAAUCUAAGUUCCACUGACAAAGACUGAAAUUCAGAAUCCACGGCGUAGAAUCCAGAGUCCAAAAUUGUCUUGGUUUCCCUUACGCCUCCUUUCUCCCCAGCCCCCUUACGUUUCUCGCAUCAGUUUUCGUGAUCUCUGCUCAUUAACACUUUACGUCCAAAGAGUGACCAACAUCGAUUAUCUUUUGACGAUAUCAAUUCUUAAUCAAUAGAUUAGGUUAGAAUAAUGAAAAAUGAUCACCAAAGGCGAAUUGCUAUGAUUUGCAUAGCUAGACAUUUUUUUUUUUUGAUUUUGUUAGUGUUGUAGAAACUAUUAUAUUACUUUUAACUUGCCUUCAUUCACCAGCUUGUUUCUUUAAAUUUCGUGACUUCCAUUUCUGUUGUUCCACUCAGUUUAAAGCGGGGUUUCGAUAAAAGCGGAUCCGAAAUAAUUUUGAACAUAUUUUUUGUCUGUGUAUCUUUUACGGGUACAACUAACAAGGCCUUGCAACUUCUAUUUUUAGAUAAUACCAUCUGGAAACUCAAAACGGGCAUUCCAACAGACGAAGAACUUCAACGCCUUGCGCAUGACAUACCUGAGGACUGGAAACGAAUCGGCCGCGCCGUGGGUCUCAAAGAGAAGCAUUUGAGGAUAAUUGAAAUCGACAAAGCUGACGAUGUUUGCGAAAGAGCUCUCGCCACGCUCUACAAAUGGAAAGAAAAACAAGGUCAAGAAGCUACAUACACCAGGCUUGCUCUAGCUCUGGAUGAUAGCUUAGUGCAGCGUCGAGAUCUGGUGGAAGAAUACUGCUGCGACGUUUUCCCAAGUAAGUUGGGAAUUGAGUCGAGUUUAGCCUGAAUUUCAGCAGCCUUCCCCCACAGACGUUCCUAUGGCUCGUCACGCGCGCAAUCCUCCUGAUCGGAAGGGACGCGUGACGAACCCCUAAGAACCUUUGCGUGGGAGGCUAGAAUUUCAGCCUUCUCUUCGAGUCGCAAACUUCCGCGGCAGAAGACGUCGUCACUCUCGGGAGUUUGCCACUCAAGGAGACGGCUGAAAGUCAGGCUAAGUCAAGUUUUCUAAUUAACAGUGGGCUAUAGCUAAAGGAAACAAAGGUUUUUAACUAAAUAAAGGUUUAAAGGGUGUCUCACGAUGUUCACUUAUGAUUUUUUUAGCUUAUUUUUUAUUUCCUUUUUUCUACAUUUAUUUGUUUUACGAUAAUGAUCGCGUCGUUUUGACCGCGUACUGCAGAUCUUCAUCAGGCGAUUAUGUCGAUAGAUAAAGGCGAUAGGGCUGCAUGAUGAAUAAAUAUUACAACAUUGAAGUAGUCUUUUGUCUUGACUGGUCAAUUCUCUCCGUUCAAGUAGAAAAUCCUGGGAUAUACGAUCAAUCAAUCCGCACUCCUUAACUCUUAAUUGGUAACCGGUUCUCUUUUAGGGAGAAAACGCCUAGCCUUCUGAUACGUAUACCACUGGGCUAAGGGACGGACCAUUAGAAAACUUAUGGGGGGGCGAAGUAAAAAAAAAAAUAGUAUUGGUGCAAGGGAAAAUUAAAUGCAAACAAAAUUCAUGCGCGCCAAUUAACCCUAAAAAAUAUUCAUGCUAUGGCCUGAAAAAAAUUCAUACAAGGAAUUUAAUAACGAAAACCCCCCCUAAUGGUCCGUCCCUAAAUUUCUCUGGAAGUAAAAAAUUAUCAUUAAUUUUAUUCUACAGAGAAAAUUUGCUUGCUUGACUUAACCAGUAUAAAUUUAUUACCAUGUAUAAAUUCAUGUAAUUAAUAUAAUUAUGUAUGACACUGAUAUUUCACAUGAUUUCCGUUAAAUGUGUAGAAUCAGCAUAUUUCCCAAGCAAUCAGGAUGACUUACAAGACGUCACAGAUCAUCCGCAGGUAAGAUGGUGAACACUCCUUAAUAUUUUGUUCCGGCCCUACGAUAGGAAAAUGAAUAUUUAAAGCUCACCUCUUCUCUUCUAAGAAAGACGACCUGAAUGAAAAUUUGCCUUAUCUGUUCCUUAUUGACACCGGCCUCGCGAUGGAUCCUUAUUCCUCCACCACGGGACGUGUUAGAACCGCGAAAACGACGUCGACGUCGAGACGAGACGUUGACGUCGGUCGAGAGUUUAUUUUUUAUCAUUAUCAUUAUCAUUACCAUUAUCGUCAUCGUCAUCGUCAUCGCCAUCGUCAUCGUCAUCGUCAUAGUCAUUGUCAUUAUCAUUAUCAUAAUGCAAGAGAUUAUUGUGGAAAAAUAUCCGCGCGGAUAUUUUUCCAUCAGAGCCUGAUCUCUGGUUGUUACGCCAUACUGAGGAGCCCCAAAGAAGGCGAAACAGCUGUCUAUGGCUACAAUCACGCUCUGUUUUGGGUUCAUUCGGUGUCGUGUUGAUGUCUUGCAGAGUUAAUUUUUCACGUAGUACGAUCAGAAUGCAGCAUUCUGCCAGCAGAAUUUAACAUGUCUAAUGAUAAGCAAUUGAUGUACUACAGUCAAUAAACCCAAAAAACUGACAAGGAAUUUUACAACUUAACUGCGUUAUGUCGUAGACAGUAAAAACGCUUCGACUUAUUACUUUCAUUGCAAUUUUUCAACAAAGGAUGAGCUGGGCAUCCUUUUUAAUACUUUAAGUGCUAGUGAAGUGUUCUUUACGAUCACGUCAGUUCAAAACAAAUACGUUUUUAUAGCUAACGAUAAAAAACUGACUUUAUUUUUAUGCUCUUUUAGGAAGACAAGGAUGGAUACGCUGGCGUGGAAAAACUUAGGCCGCCACGAAAGGUAUAUGAACUUUAAAUGCUAAAAGCGACAAACAUUAGCUUUGAGGUAGAUUGUUAGGGUUUUGUGAAUUUUAGUUGUUUGACCGUAGCAAAGAGUAAUAGAGUGAAAUGCAGGACUCAGGCAAGCAUGCAGCUCACACAUUCAGCUUGCACGGGGCCAUAAUUUCUUGUUCGUCUUAGCUAAUGAUUUAGUUAAAGGAUAUCUUACCUGGAUCCUUACCCUACUAGUCGCGGACUACCGGACUAUCGGACGUGACUUUCUUUGGAGCCCGGGGGGUGGGUGGGGGUUCCUGAAAGACCAAUUAGCGCUAAUCUAGGAUUAAAAUUUUGUUCCGUUUUCGUAUUUUGCCUUCCUUUGUGUUGCUUAGAGUAACAUUUUGUGUUAUCAUUGCCGUAUAUUGGAGUGAAGGCUCAACAGCAUUUUAUAAGCUCGAGUUGCAUGUUCUUACGAGAAACCUUGAUUAAAGUUUAGCUUAAUCCUGGGUUAAACUUAAUCAUCUUUCGAGGAACCUGACCUUGGGAAUGGCUAUGAAGCUAGACUCCUUUGUUAUACGUUUUUGAAGAGACGGUGAUCAUUUUCAACAAAAACGACGCAUGAAUUUAUUCAGUCUUGUGGACAGAAAAAUAAAAGAUUGUUCACCCGUCAGGGAGCUUCAAACGUAAACUGCAUCACUUUUGUUUUCAUCUUUUGAUGUUUGCCCGCCUUUCAUAACCAUGGGCCAAUUUAAUAAAACUUUUACAAGUGUAAUUUACAAGUUUAACUAUUAAGUUUAGUUGAGUUUUAGCCACACUUGUAAAUUACACUUAAUUGUACAAGUUUUAUAGAAUUGGCCCCAGGCCUCUUCCUUCAUGCUACCUCUGACCGCGGUCAAAACGCGGUCAAAACCCCCAACCCACCAUCCCAUAUGUCUGACCAAGAGCCAUGGUGCAAAUUAGAAGCAUUGAUAUAAUUCCAAUCAGCCUCAAAGGGGUUAAUAAAUUCAAAUAAAUAAAGUACAAACGCAUUAGAUUUUGGUAAUUUUUAAUCAAUGACGUUUUCGUGGAAAUGGCAGGGUACAUUUUUUAUUUUUUUCAGUUAUGUUUGUAUCCAUUUGCCGCCUAAAACUAAAUUCUUUUCACAUACAAGUGGUCAGAUUUAGAGAAUGUCUUGAGUAAAUUUAAAACUGCAUUUUAUUAUAUUUUAGUCGUUGCCACCGACAUAUCUGCAAGCUGAAGAAGAUAUAACCCUGGCAAGACAACAACACCUCCAUAAAAUGAAACAGGUAUCUUUUGAAGUAGUAAACUUCUUUUCCAAGAUUUUUACUUUGUACUUUUCUUAAAUGAGAAGAGUUUGACCAAGUUAGGCUCGUGAACCAAGGCUGCCCCCCCCCCCCAAAAAAAAAAAAUUCGGUUGCUAUCAUCGCAUUACGCUUUCGAAAUUGCAGGGUUAUUUUUAUCAUAAGUGUUUUCAAGCUACAAGCGACUAUUUUGUCGCUUUCCGAGGUGUUAUCUGCAACCAACAUCAAGGACAUAUUUUCAAUGAGUAAAUCAAUGUAUAGAAGAAAAAAAAACUUCCCCACCCUGUCCGAGACACUAAGGCACAACUUUUGAAAAAUUAAAAAGUUGUCUGAUUUUCAUUCAAGUUGCUUUAAUAACUCAGUAUACACUGUGUUCAUUCAUAACCAAAGGAAUCGUAUAGGUAGCCUUAUUACACCUAUCAAGUACGUUUUUUUUUUCUAAAAAGGAAAGCAAUGUUGGGCGCUUUCCAUUCAACCGAAAAGUCGGGUUUGAAUUUCGGCAACUUCCAGUAGCGAGAGGAACAAAAUUUUCCAAAAUCUCCAGAAAGAUAGACUACGAGUAGUCCCCCAUUUGUCCUCAGGGAUAGUAGAGAGAGCGAAACGCGAGCGCGCGUGAAAAUCACCCCACGCGAGAAAGGUGAGACGCGGUGGGGUGCCGCGUGUCGCCUUUUCUCGCGUGGGGUGAUUUUCACGCGCGCUCGCGUUUCGCUCCCUCUACUAUCUCUGAGGACAAAUGGGGGACUACUCGAAGUAUACAAAAAGAGGACAACCUCGCGAGGUAUAACCAAAUUUUCGGAACCUUUUUCCCGGAAGUUUUCUUUCCAUUCAACUUUGCUCCCGGAAUUUCUAGAAUUAUCGGUUGAAUGGUUCGCAUUUUCGUUCUACGGCCAAGGUGGCACUUUAUGGACGAUUUGCUUUCAGUUUAUAUUAAAAAAAAAAAAAAAAAAAUUCUAUAUUUUUUCUCUGCAUUUCCGUGUGGUCCCUUGAAUUUUUCGCUACAUGGUUUGAAUACAGGUCUAUAGUUUGCAAUUAGCAGUUGUAAUAUUUCAUUGAUAUAUUCGAUAAAAGCACCUAUGUAGUAUUGAUGAUGUAAAACCUUAUUUCCUAACCAAAAUCGUCUAUGUCAUCAAAUGAUUAAAUUGGUGUAAACUGACAGGGAGUCCCCUCGAAAAGCUCAGAAAGGCUUCUGAGACUUCCUGUUCAAUAUUGUAAUUAUUUUUUAAGUACUAUCAACAGAUCAAAAUAUUGUAACCUUACAUACAAUAUUGAGGAAAUCAAUGAAUCAAAUCAAAUCAAAUCAGUUCCACUAACAAGAUCAUUUGACUCAUAACUUUCUCCUCUUUUUCUGUUGAUAGGAAGGAUCUCCAAACUUUAACAACUUUCAAAAAACUCUGCAUAAAUGGAAGAAAAGAGUAAGUUUAAUGUUGUUGCAUUUUUCUUUCUUUGUCAUAUCAUUUUUUUUGAGAAACCGUUCCUUUCUAUACGUAUUCAUUUCUUUUACUGGCUUCUAAAUAACUUUAUGUAUAUGGGCAAACACGUUGUUAAUGCUAUGGCAGAUAGAGCAGCCAUACAAUGUUACCAUGGCCAGCUUCUACAAGACCAAAGACGAUAUCAUUACAACAUAGUUCUCAAGGCCCAUUCAGUGCAUUCAUAAUGAAUGCUGUUUUGUACACAAAAAUAAACCUGAUUUAACCGAUUGAGGCCAAAGUAUUGGGAGAGAUUUUGGAAAGCCUAAGUUAAGCCUAACCUUAGUUCAUUUGCUCUUUGCAGGAAAGUUUUAGAGGGGAGACGACAAAGGUUUGUGUUAAUCUUUUAAUCCUUAUGGCGAAACUAUAUGUUUUUUUCUUACUUUGCACAUUGAGUGCUUUUGGUUAUGGGCAUGACCUUAUCUGUACUUAAUGAGUGUCAGUAAAACGCAGGGUCGGGGUCGGGGCCGGGGCCGGGGCCGGGGCCGGGGCCGAGGCCGGGACCGGGACCGGGACCGGGGCCGGGGCCGGGGCCGGGGCCGGGGCCGGGGCCGGGGCCGGGGCCGGGGCCGGGGCCGGGGCCGGGGCCGGGGCCGGGGCCGGGACCGGGGCCGGGGCCGGGGCCGGGACCGGGACCGGGACCAGGGUCUAGGUUUAUCUUCUUUUUUCUUUGUUAAAGAAUGCUGUCAUCAUCAUCAUCUUUAUUUAAAAACACGGUAAAUACAUCAGGCAUUAACUAUUUAAUAUAAAGCUACAACUUAGAUACGAAACUAUGUAUACAGAUUAAUCUUCUAUAAUUUAAAAUAUUGCUAACUAUUAAGGAAAAGUAAACUAAAGUUAAGCCUGUUUUACAUGAAUGCCGUGUCGGAAUUAAUUAAGAAUCGACGGAAAUCAGUCAGAGAUGUUGCUUGCCUAGCAUCUGAGGGUAGACUGUUCCAGAGAACUGCACCACUCUAGGCAAAGCUAUUUUUGUAAUGGUUAGUACGUGGCAAUGGUAUUGCAAGCUUAUUAUCAGAAUCGCGUAAAUUGUAAGAAGUAAUCACAUCACUUCGUUGAAUGAAUUUCGAGGGCAAAUAAUUCGGUGCGAGGCCGUUUAAGGACUUGUAGACCAUCUCAGCCUUUAGUUUUUGACGUCGAGUUUCUAAAUUGUCCAAGCCUAAUUCUUUAAGCAGUUGGUUGGCGUCAGCAGUUGGUUGGCGUCAAACGUUUGCUGUUUUGGGGUUAGGGUUGGGCUUAGGGUUGACUGAUUAGUUUAUGUAAUGUUAAAAACACAAACCUAUCAAGCCAUUUGGACGCCAAAAAAAAAAAAAACCAACCCCGAAAGGCUUGUAACUAAAUGUAGUUCUGCAAUUCUUAAGUUUUGGGUGAUUUUCAAGAGAAAUCGCUUAUCAGGAGUACCUAUUUUCAGAUCCGUGCCCUUUGAUUCGAACGGGACAUGAAAACAUUUGCGAGUUCUUGGAUUCUCUUUAUGCGUUGGAAUCCGUUUUUUGGCUUUUGGUAAAGAAAAAACAUUUUAAUCCGUUUAUAUACUCAAAGAUCGGGCUGAAAAGUACCCUUAACUAGUUAUGGUUAUUUAUAAUCUUGCGUUCUCCCAAAGAAGGGUAUAUCCAUAUUCAUGGUGAAAUGUACUGUUCCUCUUUUUCAGCAGAGAACACCCUCAUGGCGAGUUCGGCGAUCAGGAGUGGUUACAACCACAGGAGAUUCACACGAGAUGGAGGAGGAGGUAUGUUAUCAAAAAUUCGCGGUGGAAGAGAUUUUUCAACAAUUUCUGCGUACUCUUGUUCCGAAAUACGAGUGAUCAAUGGAUAGUAUAAAGUGUGAUGGGUACAUGUGUUGCAGUCGUAUGUGAAAUGUAUACUUGUGUACGAAAAUUUGUAUAUUUAUACGUAUUUAUGUAAGAAAAUUGCCUGUGUGCAGUCUGGCUUGCUGCGAAUUAGCUCAGUGUUCACUACUUGCAAGCCUAAUCGUCUAUGUAGAAACGAAGUUUGAAUAAAGGUUAAAAGUUUUCUAAUUCUUAAAAAAACAACAAUAACAGCGGCAGCAGCAACGGAGGUUGGGAUGGCUUACCGUGAUAUUUAUAGUAAAACUGGCUACUUUCUUCUCCACACGAUCACCGCUCCCCAGUACCAACCGAGGCUAGAGAUCAAGAGUUCUAUAUUUGGCACGACAGAGGAGGAGGAGGAGGAGGGGUGCAGGGGGGUGCUGGAUGGAGGAAAGGGAUCAAGGGAUAAAAUCGAAUCUGUUCAAUAAUUUUUUUAGUUAGUUGAGAGAAGUGUAUAUAAUCGAUUACUUGGAAGGUUCUCCACAACUGUCCUGAGUUCUUUUGGCCUCAACUGGAUAUUAUUUUCGACAAGAAAUGAUCAAUGUAAAUAAAGGAACUUGAACACAGAGUAAGAAGUUUUUCUAUUACAGCCUGUCAAUUCAAAAGAAUUAAUUAUAGGUCUCCGAUAAAUGAACAGUAAAUGUAGCGAGCUUCUACAAGUACAAGAAUAAAAUUACACGUACAAGAAUAAAAUUAUUAACGAUAGAUUUAACAUGUACUUUAGGGUUAUUUUCAACUAUUACUUGUACAUACACUCAAUAGCUAUUAUUUAUUUUGUCUCUCGAAUUUUAAUGGCUAUCACCUCUCCUGAGUGUGCUUUAAGCACUUGCUUGGCUGUUUGAGCAAUAGAGUACUAAAGUGAUUACGUCAUAAAAAUAAAAUUUCUGGAAUUAUGGGAUUUGUCAGGAUAUUCUGAAAGAACAAUGUCCAAGAGGCCCACUUGCCAAAAAUGAGCAUUUGGGGGCAAAUUGUCUCUGAGAUCGUAGCCCAGUUACAGUCAGAAAACUCCCUACAAACCCUUCUAAUUUUUUGGGGGUCGACCCAAAAAAAAUUUAGAAGGGUUUGUAUGGAGUUUUGUAAGCAUAACUGGGCUACGAUCUCAGAGACAAUUUGCCCCCAAAUGCUCAUUCUUGGCAAGUAGGCCUCUUGGACAUUGUUCUUUCAGAAUAUCCUGACAAAUCCCAUAAUUUCAGAAAUUUCAUUUUUAUGACGUCACACUUUAGUACUCUAUACAUCUUAUAGACCUUAUCACGACACUUGCCAUCUUGGCAUGCGCUUUAAGACUGAUGGGACAAAAGCAAUGUCACGUGGUAUUCAGGGAGCAAAAAGGUGUAUUCGCGGACGAGUUUGUUUAUUCUCUCAAAUCGAGACGACGAUUUUAGUCAUGUAAAAUGUACAGUAAGAGUGCCCACAAUUUUUUCGUCAUUAUUGUGUGAUCACUUUCACCCACAAUUUUCCAUUAUAGUCUCUUUAAGGAAAAAUUUUCCUCAUUUUCUGUUGUCCAGAAUAAACAAACACGACCGCGAUCUCUUGUAUUGGCAGAUUUUAAACAAUUAUUGGAUGAGGUGCUUUUGAUAUCGGGAAUAAUAUAGGUCGUGGUAAGUGUUACCAGCCGAACCGAAGGCCGAGGCUGAUAACAAUUACCGAGACCUUGAUUAUUUAGGAUAUCACAAAAACCGAAUCUAGUAAUUGUUUUGUUAUCCUUUGUUUUGAAGAAAAUAACGACAAACACAUUGUGGGAAGGAACCUGAAUUGAUAUUGUUAUUGGAUACCAUGCAUUGCGCGUGCAACCUGCCGAUUAGUUAGUUAACUAGCUAAUCUUUUUCAAACUUAGCUAUAGGCUCAUAGCCAAUGAGAAGACAGAUAGUGAGUAGUAAAAUACGUAAAAUUCCGAAAAUAAGCCCCUCCAUGUAUAAGCCCCUCCAAAUAUAAGCCCCCCAAAAUCGUAACGAAAAAGACCCUGCGUUAAAUCGCCCCUCCAAAUAUAAGCCCCCCGGGGGCUUGUACUUGGAAAAUUGCCCUCCAGCACAAAGUAAAACAAAGCAAAAACGGUAAAUUUACUUCCAACUAUAAGGCUAGCCCAAUCAAUUUUGAAACGCAAAUUUCCGUCCGUAGAUAAGCCCCUCAAAAAGGGCCAUUGAAAAAUAUAAGCCCCGGGGCUUAUUUUCGGUAUUUUACCGUAUAAUAGUAUUUCUUAUAUGUGACAAUAAUGCUUUACCAAACCUUGUUAUUGUUGGGCGGUUAUAUGCGGCAACAGGAAUUAUUCUUUGUCUGGUCCAUUUUGAUAUUCGCGUUUAACUAUACUUUUAUAUUUUCUCUUAAAGAUCGAAGAAAUCAGAAAAGGACUUGAAUCGGCGAUGGAGAGAAUGGAUGCUAUGCUUCAUCGUGUUCAUAACACUCCAAGCGAAGAAGCCUCCAUUCCAAACGAAAACGCAGCGGAUACAAUUAAACCAGACACUGCAGCCGUCCUGUUGACGACUGGUUUGAAUGCUGAGAAUACAUAUGACAGAGAACGUCAAAAUACAGAUGAUGGGGUAUUUCAAGAAGAUCAAAUUGAAAGAGGUAAAGAAUUCACAAGAAACACAGGCCAAGCAAAGGAAGAUAUCGAUGGAAGUAGUCACUCACUAUUUGACCAGUUUUCCUCAGAGUCAAAAACUUUUGCUAGCUUUCUUUGGCGAUGGCUGGUUGGUUAAUUAAUUAAGGGAGACUGGCGAGAUUUAGAAUCGCUAGAUCUUUAAGUAAUAUAUCAAGCAUGAGACACAGUGUUUCAUCACCAGAUAGAACACGGAGAAAAGAGUUGAAAAUACGACGCGCAGCGGAGUAUUUUUGACGAACUUCGAGGUGUUACAUCUAGUAUUCUCAAACUCAUUAAUAAUUCAUUAAGAAAAUACAAAGGAAAUUAAUGUUUAAUGAGUGUUUGGAAAUCGGAUGAAACACUGCUUAGUAUUUGCAUCCUUAAUUUCUCCUUCAAAAAUGAUUUUGUUUGAGAAGAAAUAUCAAACAUUCGACACAGUGUUUCAUCACCAGAUGAAACACUGCAUCUCAUGUUUGAUAUAUUACAUGAAAUACUGCGUCUCAUGCUUGAUAUUACUUCUCUUAUACUACUACAUGAC